CCAGCAGGAACGAACCAAAACUAUUAAAAAUGAAAUUGAUCAUCGUUGUAGCUCUCGCCCUUGUGGCUACCGUCAUCGCUGCCCCCCCUACAGAGGACUACCCUAAGAUCGUUCGGUCUGAAUUCGACGCCAGCCCCGAUGGAGCUUACAACUACAAUUUCGAGACUUCCAACGGCAUCGUGCGUAGCGAAACUGGUGAGCUGAAGGAGGCUCUCGACGACGACAACAAGCCUCACGUUAUUGUUGCUGUGCGUGGAAGCUACAGUUACACGAACACUGACGGCAAACCUGAAACCAUUACGUACUUCGCUGACGAGACUGGAUACCAUGCUCAGGGUGAAUCUAUUCCUCAGGUCGCCUCCGCCACGAGCUAAACUUCUAAAUUCCCUGGAUAGAUUUAAGUAAUGAAGCCUUAAUACAGGAUUGUGUGGCGAAGCAUCCACCACAUUCUCUUGUUACUCGUUAUUAAUUUGAUGCUCACUGCCAUAUUUUUUUGUACGUUUUUUUUUACUAUUUGUUGUGUUUUCAAUAUGUCAUGCACAAAGACAA